AUGGGCUGGCUUGCGACACUCACGGGCUACAUGGCGCCAAUGUUCAUCAUCCUCUCGCCCAUCCUCUCCUACGGCGACCAGGCCGUCUCGAUGCACCGCAACAAGACCAGCGCGGGCUUCUCUCUCGACAUCCCCCUGAUCAUGCUGGUCGCAUCUCUGUUCAGGAUCUUCUACUGGCCCGGCGCAAGAUUCGACGAGAGCCUGCUGAUACAGUCCCUGAUCAUGGUGGGCGUGCAGGUGGCGCUUCUCAAGAUUGCGCUCGAUCACCGACCGGCCCCUUCGAACAAGGGCGGAGAGUCCGGGCUACCAUUCGCUGCUGCCGAGGGGCUCUUUUCGCAGAGGCCAUACUGGCAAUUCAUUGUCUACCUCUUCGCGGGCCUGUUGGUUUGCGAAGUUGUCAUGUCGAGCAUUCCUCCCGUCUAUGCCACGUACUCGGUCCUCGUCGGCUACAUUGGUCUCUCCGUCGAAGCCACGCUCCCAAUCCCGCAGAUCCUCGCCAAUGCGCAGUCCAAGUCUUGCAAAGGCUUCCGUCUGUCCGUGCUCGCUAGCUGGAUCGGAGGCGACGCCAUGAAGAUCUUUUGGUUUUUCACCGCCACGUCCGAGAUCCCUCUGGCCUUUAAGAUCUGCGGCAUCUUCCAGGCUUGCUGCGACUGCUUCCUCGGCGUCCAGUACUUGAUAUACGGAGAGGGCGAGAGUACCGUCAAGGGUCACCCUCUGCAGGAUUUCUCGGCUCAGGAUGUUGGAGCGCAGCAGCAGGGUAGGACGACGCCCACGCGGCGGUCGGCGCCAUUCAGCGACUACGAGAGGAAUUAG